AUGUCGAUGUCCAAGGGAUCUAAGCUUCUACAGUACAUCAACUACCGCAUGCGCGUCACCGUCACCGAUGGCCGCGAGCUCGUCGGGAAAUUCAUGGCCUACGAUCGCCACAUGAACCUCGUCCUGGGAGACUGCGAGGAGUUCCGCAAGCUGCCGCCCAAAAAGGGCUCCAAGGCGCCAGAAGACCGCGAGGAGCGCCGGACAUUAGGGCUACUUAUUCUCCGCGGUGAGGAGGUAGUUAGUCUUACCGUCGAAGGGCCGCCGCCGCAGGAUGAAUCCCGCGGGAGAGCCGCCGGCGCAGCGGCAGGGGGACCCGGUGUUGGGCGCGCGGCAGGGCGCGGAGUUCCGACGGUUCCGCUUGGUCAAGCGCAGCCUGGUUUGGCGGGUCCCGCGCGCGGAGUCGGCGGACCGGCGCCGUCGCUGAUGCAGCCGCGCCCGCAAGUGGCGGCUCCGCCGAUCUCAUACCAGGCUCCUGGCGGCGCAGCUGGCGCUGCGGCUGGCCGUCCGCCUCCCGUCUCGUUCCCCCCGCCCGCGGGUUUCCCUGGGGGAGCCCCUCCGCGGCCGGGGAUGCCGCCGCCGCCAGGCGGAAUGCGCCCGCCAGGGAUGGGUCCGCCCCCGUCCAUGUACCAGCAGGGUCCCCCGCGCCCGGGCAUGCCUCCCCCUCCCGCAGGUUACGGACCUCCCCCUGGCGGCCCGCCUCCGCAAUUCCCCCCGCGCGGACCUCCGCCAGGCGGUGCGCCGCCCAUGCAGUACGGGCGGGGGAUGCCCCCGCCGGGGGGAAUGCCUCCGCCAGGGAUGAUGGGUCCGCCAAGGCCGGGCAUGCCCCCUCCGCCAGGGGGGCAUCCGGGGAUGUACGCGUUCGCAUGUCCCACCAUCCCCACUUCCACCACCUCCUUCACCCUCGCGCCGCGCUCUUACUCCCAGUUAUUCUCUGGCCUUUGCAGGGGAAGCAUGGCAUCGGGUGUACGGCGCAGCAGCACGGAAGUGGAACUAACACCAGAGGUUCUCGCCACGGGCGUGCUUCCCACGCUGCCUCGCCUUGACCCUGCCGUUGCCAGAGCGCUUGACCGAGUGCAAGAGAAAUUCGGUACAAAAGGACAGUUCGAGGCAGCAUUGAGUCGAGUGAAGGCGGAGGAGCCGCCUCUCUUUGUGAAGCAGCUGUUCCGCAUUCGAGGGGACCUAGAUGUUCCUCUAGACGACCCUGAUAUUGCACGCUACCUUACCAAGCUCUCAUAG